AACAUAACUAACAGCAUUAAAGAAAAAUGAGUGGCUAAAUAAUAUUUUUAAGUUUAAGAUGAAUGCUAAAAUAAGUACAAAAUGUUUUUUAAAAUUAACUUUGCAACCGUUUUCGCUGGCGGGAGUAAUUCGUCAUUGUGGCACGAAGCAUUUAAAGUCGGUAUCCAAUCUCAGGAAUUAUACAAACACAAAGUUUAGUACACAUGAUAGCAUUUCUUCAAUACAACUGAAAAAGCGGCCUAUUCGCAAAAAAAAGACCUUGGAAGACGAAACUGUACCAGGCGUAUAUAAUGUAGUGGCUUUCUCUACUGCAGAAGAAUAUAAUUUAGAGGAUCUUAUUUGUGGUUUAAAGAAACAAGGCUUGUAUGUUCCAAAUUCUGUGCCAAAUGAUACUGAUGUGGUACACGCUACAGCUAAAUAUAAGGUAGAAAAAGAGCCGCGAGACUUAUUUUUCUUUAGAGAAGGUAGCAUCAUCUUGUGGAAUGUUACAGACCUUGAGACUAGUAAUAUUUUAAAUUUUCUGAGACGAUAUGAAGAAGAUAGUUACUCUGAACAAAUGGUGCAGUCCGAGAGAGAAAUAAUGAACUAUGUUUACCAUGAUAGUAAAGAAAAGUCAAGUUGUGUAGACAAGGAGGGCAAUUUUGUGCUAAAUCCUUCAUUAAAUAACCUGAUCCUGACGAAGUACACUUUUUCAAAUGCCAUGUUGCUCUCAGUAAAGUUAGGAAUUUGGGAGGCGUCUCUUGAGAAAUAUAUUGAAACUAUUCAAGACGUGACUGAGGAUCUGAAGCGUGGUCAAAAAAUUAGGAUGACGCGGCAGGAAGUACUUAGAAAACAUGGGGAAUUGUUUGCUUUGAGACAUUACUUAAAUUUGAGCUCCGAUGUGUUGGACACUCCAGAUUUUUAUUGGGAAAAUGAAGAACUUGAAGUUUUAUACAAUCAAGUGUGCUCUUACUUUGGUAUUAGCAAGCGUACUAAGGUUAUGAAUGAAAAAAUCAACCACUGUGUUGCUCUCAUUGAACUUUUAUCUUCUCACCUAAGUGAUAAACACCAUAUCCGCCUAGAGUGGAUGAUUAUCAUUUUAAUUAUGGUGGAGGUUGUGUUUGAAGUUAUUCAUUAUAUCGACAGGUAUUAUCAUGAGUAGAGAUGUUUUGGUUAGUUUACUGGGACAGUUUUCUCCUAUGUCCUUUAUAAACUGUGAUACGAAAUAAAGCGGACAAUUGUUAUUAUGUGCACCUCAAAAUAUUUUGUAAAAUAAAUUUCUUAGUUUA